AUGGCCUGUACGCUGCAACAAUCUACACAACAACCACGUUCUUGGUUGGUGGACACCCAACAAGCUGAUCUAGACAAAGACAGAACACCCAUCAAGUCUCUCAUCAAGUCCAACUUUCUGUUUGGGGAGUCGGAAAUCAUCUAUCGCCGGAAUCUCGUAGACUUCCUUCGGGACGGGCUAGCAAACAAAGCAUCAGACAGCAAACCUCAAAAGGUGGUCUUAGUGGGCUGCGCAAUUCUCAACGAAUUGCGGAUUCUCAAGGAUCUUGGGAUCGACUUGCGAGAUAAGGGUUUAUUUGCAAUUGAAGGGAUACUUGACCUCAACACGAUCACCCAGACACUUGACUUGCCCUUCAAAACUCGACCAUCUCUUAUGCGAAUCUUGCAGCAAAUCAACAUCCCAUUUCGAGAGGAGUGCUUACACGACGCUGGCAACGAUGCCCAUUUCACACUCAGAGCACUGCUCAUGCUUGCUGCCAUCGUCUUCGAGCAAAGAGAGGCGGAUGGCAUCACCCAACAAAGAAUCGAUGGUCUAAAGGCUAUUGCACUGGAUCCAAUUGACUUCAGCUUGACUACACCAGACGAAUUAAAGCGGUUGAAGCGAGACAAGGAUGCCAAAAGAGCUGCUGACUGUCGAGCCCGUCCUCAGACCAAGAGAGCCAGCGACUGUCUGGCAGAUGAGGGCGUGGAUGUAUGCCUGGGCACGAUACUUCUUAAUAUGGAAGAUGAGACAUGA